AUGGCGUCUAUGUUGAUCUUAUUGGCCUGUGUGGCUGUUGCCACGUUGGCAGUUCCUGCCAGACAAGGGGAUGGAAUCGCUGAUCUGUCAAAGGCUAAUGCUGGUUUCUCUCAACGUCUGUACCAGAAAAUUGCCAUGGGCAAAUCUGAGGCUGAUAAACGUCCACAGCUCAACUCAGACAAGGACAUUGAGCUCUACACAGGCAAUGGCAUCUUCACCAACCCAAGCUUCAACAUUGUCCCUAGUUUCGUCAGUGACGCCCAGAAGAAAUAUUUCGCCAAGGCCGAAGCUUUUGACAUGAAUGCUGCUGGUGGUCCUGAGAAGCCGAUUAACGAUUUCAUUGAGAGAAAUACCCACGACAUGAUUAAAGAUGUGGUCAAAUCCAACUCCAUCACCUCCGACACAGUGAUGUUGUUGGUCAACACAGUUUUCUUCAACGGAACCUGGGCCGAUAGGUUCUCUGAGUACAGGACGCUGAAGAAACCGUUCCACCAGUUGGGGGGAGCCAGAUCGCAGGUUGACAUGAUGAGAGAUGACCGUUACGUAAACUUCAAGAGCGACAACUCCCUCAAAGCUGACAUGGUGAGGAUUCCCUUCAAAGGAGGCCGUUUCUCCUUGUACGUCGUGCUGCCACAGAGUGUGGGUGGGAUCACUGCACUUGAGACAUCCUUGACCUCUGGAGAUGCUAUCAACAAACUCUUCGACGGCUUCCAGCCAAAAUAUGUGAGCUUGGAGAUUCCAAAAUUCAAGAUCGAAUCGACAUUCCAGUUGAAGGAUCAACUGAAAGCACUUGGCAUGGUGAAGGCUUUUGACGCAAAAGCCGCUAACUUCAGUGGAAUAACUACAGCUUAUUCUGACCAUUCUGCAGAAGCAUCACAUUACAAACGUAGCUAUGUUUUCUUCUUUUUUGGGGUCAAAGUCCAGGCCUUCGCGCCAUAUAGGAAUAUGGAGGAGGAUAAAGCCUUCCUCUUAUGUGUUUCCUAA